AUGCCUGACCUUGGCAGUGAAUUGACGCUUCCAAGUUUGGCUUUGAUUCUGGAGUACAGGGGCACAAGUGAAUUGACGCCUUCAAGUUUGGCACUGACUCUGGAUUACGCAGCCUCUCUAAUUCGCUUGCAAAUUGGACAUCACCCUUACCCUUGUUUAACCAUUGAUCACUACCACCGUGACUCGCAAGCAUGGUUCAAUGCUCUGGAUGUAUUCAUUUGGCCAGGUGACGAGCAUGAUGAUAGCAGUAGUGACGAGGAAGAUAAUAGAGAGGAGUAUCAGUGGGAGCCGCCAGUGCAGGAGGAUGAGGACAUACCCGGGGGAGAGCUACAAGCAGAUGAUCUGAAGGACAACAACAAUGGUGGCACUGACCACCAAACACGCCACCAGAUGGAACAUCGAAUUAUUGAUCAAGACAGUGUCCAUGUUGUAUUGUAUCCUGAUCGUCGAGCAGGACAGCCUAUUGCCCAAGCCGAAGUUCAAAAUGUGAAUGCUAUAUAUGCUUCUAAUAUUGAUGGCACGGAAAAUCCUUAUGCUCCAUUCCACUCUCAAAUGGACUGGGAGAUCACACAAUGGGCAAAGUUACGUGGCCCGAGCUCAACAGCUCUUUCGGACUUGCUUAGUAUUGAUGGUGUUAGUGAACACCUCCAUCUUUCUUACAAAAAUGUGAGGGAGCUUAAUAGGAUCAUCGACAUACAACUUCCUGAUUGCCCUAAGUUUCAUCAUGAACAAGUUGUUGUUGCAGGCGAAGCUUUUGAUAUUUUCUAUCGAGACAUAAUCGGAUGUAUCAAGGAUCUCUUUGGCAACCCAGACUUCGCAGACUUUCUCGUGUUUGCACCAGAACACCAUUACACAGAUGCUGAUGAAACAGUUUGGUUGUUCAGUGACAUGCAUACCAGUGAAUGGUGGUGGAAUACACAGAAGACGCUCGACAAACAGUGGCCAGGUGCAACCAUUAUUCCUGUUAUCAUUUCAACUGAUAAAACACAAGUCACCAUGUUCCGUAACAAAACUGCAUAUCCUGUCUACCUUACUAUUGGUAACAUUCUAAAAGAGAUUCGUCAAAAACCAUCCCGAUGUGUGCAAAUCCUUCUUGGGUAUCUUCCCACAACACACCUCGAACAUAUUGCCAACAAAGCCUCACGUCACAGAAGUGCUGCAAACCUUUAUCAUGCUUUGGGGAUGGUAUCUCAUGCUAUUGUCACCCCCUCUUUGCUUGCUUUGUUGGUGAUUAUCCUGAGCAGCUCUUGGCUACUGCUGUUACAAGAACAUCUAGACGCUUGGGCCCCUACCAUUUUUCUCCUGAUCCUCCUUGUAUCAGCCCUUGCAUCAUACCCUCACCCCGACCUUACCCUGGUCAUCCUUGUCAUUCUCGCAUUCCCUUUCGCUCUCUACCUGUCGCUUCAGCAGAGCCAGUACAUCUGGCCGGAUCCUUUCGCUGACAAAGCAUACCCAUGCUCCGUUCCACCACCUGACUGA